UGGGGCCGACUAUUUGAAGGAAGCGCGCGGACCAAAUACGCACUUCAGUCCGCGGACAGAAGAGGCGGGAGCGGCUCUGGGUAACGCUACCCCGCUGACCACAGAGGACUCAGGCGCGGGCUCGGCUCCAGCUGUGGCCUCUGCCUCAGUCCGGCAAGGCGAUGGCCAAGGUUUCUGUGCUGAACGUGGCGGUGCUGGAGAAUCCGAGCCCUUUCCACAGCCCCUUCCGGUUCGAGAUCAGCUUCGAGUGCAAUGAGGCCCUGGCGGACGAUCUAGAGUGGAAGAUCAUUUAUGUUGGCUCAGCGGAGAGUGAGGAAUUUGAUCAAAUCCUAGACUCCGUGCUAGUUGGGCCUGUCCCAGCGGGGAGACACAUGUUCAUCUUUCAGGCUGACGCCCCCAACCCAUCCCUCAUCCCUGAGACUGAUGCUGUGGGUGUGACCGUGGUCCUCAUCACCUGCACGUACCAUGGACAGGAGUUCAUCCGUGUGGGCUACUACGUCAACAACGAAUACCCCAAUCCUGAGCUGCGGGAGAACCCACCCCUGAAGCCAGACUUCUCUCAGCUCCAGAGGAACAUCUUGGCCUCGAACCCCCGAGUGACCCGCUUCCACAUCAACUGGGACAACAACAUGGACAGGCUAGAGACCAUAGAGAACCAGGACCCUGCCCUGGGCUGUGGCCUCCCCUUCAGCUGUGCUCCCAUCAAGGGCUUGGGUCUCCCUGGCUGCAUCCCCGGGCUCCUCCCUGAGAAUUCCAUGGACUGCAUCUAACUGCGGGAAUCCGGGCCCUACCUGGGCCCAGCCAGAACUGUAGCCAGUCUCCUAGCACAUCUGGAGAGGGCAGCUGGGCCUCCCGGAGAGUCCCAUGGGGGCCAUCUGGAGGACUCUGGGGCCGUCAACUAUACCCAGGCCAGUCAGAUGUGGCUCUGAGGAAGGAGCAGGCCUCAGGUCUCUCCCAGCCCUGACCCAGAAGGAUCAUCUUACCUCUACUGCCCAGGCCUGUAAGAAGCAGGUACUUCAGUUUUUAAUUCUUUGUGACUUGUGUCUUUUCUCUCUUCCACACACACUAUAAAUUCCACCUGCAGGCCUUUGUGCCACCAUGCUCCUGUGAGUACCAUUGACCCGAAGCUCUUCCCACAGACCUCCCUGGCCUGCCUUGAGGCUUUCUUGGUCAAAGCCUGGCAGGGCUCCAGCCCUGUUGAGCCAAAGGCUCUGUCAUUCCUGUCCCUUCCCAAACUUCUGGGCAAAUCCACCCAGCUUUUUGGAGUCACAGGCAAGGAAUCUUGGUUAGAAGGUACACUUGGACACAAUUUCUGUCCUUCUCCCAGGACAGUUUUUAGGUCUUUUUAAUCCAACAGCCUCUGGAAAACUCUGUUCCAAAGGUGUGCUCAGCGGGAGGCUGAGGAAUGAUGGUUGACUCUCCUCUCAGUCACAACCACCUUCCCGUCAUCUCCUAACUGGAUCUGGCUUUCCUGGAGGCUGCCAUGGUGGGAAGAUGGCAUGUUGGAGGAGUCUGCUUUGCUCGGUCUGCCUCAGUGUUGGCAUCAGGGCCCCUCUGCCUGCCUUGAUCUGUCCUCUAUGAAGACCUCGUGCUCUUGCAGGCACAGGAAACCAUAGGGACCCUGAAAACCUCUCCCCCUGCCAAGCUUCCCAUGACGCCCUGUUCCCUUGCUGCUACGUGGAUGCUGUUGUGAUUGCAGUUUGUAUAUUAAAGGGUUUUUAUAUUAAAUAUGGUUGAUCUAAAAAUAAAAAGCACUUCAUCUAGA